CCAUUGUAACUUAAGGGGGGGAAAAAGCUUAACACUGAAAAAGACUCAACAAUCAUCCAUUGCAGUUUGUGUGAUUUACCACAGCCACAACGCCUUGGUGAACAACGAGCGAUUGUUUAGCAUCAAACAUCAUGUGAUAUUUUUGCGCACUUGCACAUAUCUGGGUAGAAGCAAACGUGCACUUCGGACACAUGAAACCGCUUGUACCGCCGCCAGAUCAUUACAAACAACAACGCAGGAAAUCCUCCAUUCCAUCCAAUGCUGGAACUUUCACAUGCUGGGAUGAAAGAGCCGAAGCCGGGGAAUACACCUCUUCCCUUAUACACAAGCCUGAUCUAGUGGACAAAUAUGCAGUCUGAUUGCAGAGAAAGGCCUUGAAAGGAUACGCCCACCAACGCUAGUUUGAUUGGCUACUUAGGAUGGCAGUCAGGGGUUGUCGGUGUCAUGCUAGUGUUGUGCUUGCAUUGCUAAAGAGGUGAUUAGCAUUUAGAGGACUAGGAUCUGGUUCAAUUAAGGAUGUUGGAUUUAACUAAUGAAAUUGUAAUUUGUUUUCUAUGAAGUUCGAAUAAUAUCUUGUAUCUUUGUGUAUUACGGUGGCGCCGAGGUUUGCUUGGGAGGUUGGCCACUUUUAUUAUCCAUUCUGUAUACUGGUGCCAUGCUAAUUAAUAUACGCUCUGCUUUCAAGCUCAGAACUUCCCGGGGGAAGCCAGGUAGCAGAUGCUGAUUGAGAUACUGCUGCCUAAAAGCGAAGCAAGUGAACUCGGAAAAGUAUAUUGGAGGCGCAACCCUGUCACACAAUGGUAGAUUUACCGUCUCUGCCUCUCUGCCAGCGGCUUAGCUUCGCCACUGGGCAUUUCCUAAACGACCUGUGUGCCUCAAUGUGGUUCACAUAUUUCCUGGUGUACUUCCAUUCCGUGUUAGGUUUCGACUCUUUCUACGCGGGAAUGCUUCUCCUGGUGGGCCAAAUAGCGGAUGGCUUAUGCACGCCCUUGGUGGGUUAUGAAUCAGACCGGCACGCUGGUUUGCUGGCGUACGGGCGCAGGAAGUCCUGGCAUCUUGUGGGAACUCUAAGUGUGGUUCUGUCAUUCCCUUUUAUAUUCAAUCCAUGUCUGGGCUGCACAUUGAACACCCCACAGUGGGUAGGCCUGAUAUACUUUAUCCCAUUCAUUGUCAUCUUCCAGUUUGGAUGGGCAGCCACACAGAUCUCCCAUCUCUCUCUCAUACCAGAUCUGGCACAGAAUGAUCAUGACAAAGUGGAGCUCACUGCAUUCCGAUAUGCCUUCACUGUUAUGGCUAAUAUUACUGUGUACUCUGUGGCAUGGCUUCUUCUGCACUUUCACAUGGGAGAGGACAAGCCUGAAAAUAUGGAAAACUUAAGCAAACAGGACAUUCCCAUUUUCAGGGCCUUGGCCCUGAUCAUGGUAGGGUUGGGAACAUUAUUCUCUCUUUUUUUCCAUAUUGGAACAAAAGAGAAGCCAGAAAGUUUUCAUCAUCUUCUGAAGACUGAAGACCCAGACAGUCCUCGUUCUUUUGAUGAUACAAGACUUUCUGAACCACCAAUGCCUUACAUGGUUUGGAAGCGCUGGCUAAAGGAACCAUCUUUUUAUCAGGUGGCUGUUUUAUACAUGUGUACAAGACUUAUAGUCAAUCUUUCUCAGACAUUUAUUGCUGUUUAUUUGACCAAUUCCCUGCACCUUCCAGAGAACUAUAUAGCAACAAUUCCUUUAGUUAUGUAUGUAAGUGGCUUUGUGUCAUCAUUUCUAAUGAAACCCAUCAACAAAUGGAUUGGGAGAAAUCUUACAUACUUUGUAGGUCUUCUUGCCAUUGCCACAUUUGCAGCAUGGGUAGCACUAGAUCCUGGUAUGGGAGUUGCAGUAUAUGGAGCUGCUGUUGUGCUGGGUACUGGAUCAGCAACUAUUUUGGUUACUUCCCUUUCCAUGACUGCUGAUCUUAUUGGGACACACUCGCGAAGUGCAGCAUUUGUUUAUGGGGCAAUGAGCUUCACAGAUAAGGUAGCCAAUGGCUUGGCAGUCGUGGCUAUCCAGUCUCUGCACCCUUGUCGUACUCAGGUUUGCUGCCCAGCUUGCAUCCCCUUCUAUCAAUGGGUGAUGGUGGCAGUCACAGGAGGUGUGGCUAUUGUAGCUGCUUUUUCACUAAGUUCCAUUAUGAUCUGGCCAAUUAAAGUGAGAUAUUGAAAUGUUGGGGGAAAAGUAAAUCUGUGGAGUGAGAUAUAUUUUCCUUCAAUCCAGCUGUUUAUAAGCUCAUCUGCUUCUGGCCUUGCCUUGACGUGGUGAAGGAAAUCUUUGUGGUUCAUUCUGGUAUUGAUCAGCUGAGAAAUAAAGCAAUGCAUAGUAUGCAACAUUCAUGCAACUCUUCAUCUAACUUUGCUUUACUUACUACUGUCUUAAGGACAAGUACAGACACAAGCAACAUAAACUCUGGGGGAGGAGAAAUGCCUAAAAUCAAAGUUACAGGCAGUGGUCCACUACAAGGUGGCCACUGAUAAACUGGAGCAGCAUGCUGCCACUGUGAUUAGCAUUUGGUGGUGGUCUUGAUUGCCACAUUUUCAAUGCUUACAUGGAAUUUGUACCUUCUCUGGUACCUUCCACUGGGUAGUCUGGUUUACUACCAUAUUUUUAAAGAAUAUAGGAUGGGAAUUGUCUUUUGGUGAAAUUGACCCUCGCACAUAUUUGUGUGUGUGCAUGGUAAGAACCUUAGGCUGUAAGCUACACUGGGGCAAGUAAAAUGUCUAUAAAGCACUGUGUAAUCUGUCUGAAUAAAUUAUAAUAAUACAAUCUGAACUGUUUUGGAAUGUUAUGUGAAAACCAUGGUCCAAUGUUCUGCCCCUGCAACUGUUUUACUGCGGUGAAAUUCAGCAUCAGUUUUUAUAAUUAUUUUUUGGUUCUUAUGUGUCAUGUGGGCACUAGAGCCUGUUUCAGAGUGUGUGUAAAAAGCAGUAUGUGUGUCCGUGCUCUACAAAACACAUUACAGUAUGUAAUAAAAGGCACUCAGUUUGCUAGGUGCAGUAACCUAUACCAACCAACAAGGUGUUUGCUUUUAAACAGGUGAAAGUAAAUGCUACAACAGAAUGGUUGCCAUUAGUUUACACUUGCAUAUGUUUCUGUUCCCACACACCACAAUCCACAAAACAAUCUUCCCACAAUAGCACAGACUUUAGUUCUCUAUCUCAAACUCAGAAAUAAUGUACUUGCACAAAGGGUCAAUGUAGACCUGAAACGUUGCUGUCAAUGGUCUGUGCCAACCUGAUGAAAAAAGACAUUUUAACAAUAUGAUAAAAGUGACCUUUGAGUGCUGUCCAAGAUUUGAAAGUUGUGCGACCUGUGUCGACGUGAACACAGUGGGACAUGCACCAAGUACAUAAGGAAUUAAGUGAAGAUGCUGACUUCUAGUCUGAUUAAUGUUCACCAGUCAUGGACAAUUCUGGAUAGAUGCUUGGGAUAAAUAAUGCACCAUGUAAUUUAAUAGUGUAUGUGAUGUGUUGCAGGACAAAAGUAAUUGCUCUUGAUCCUGAUUGGUGUACCCUUUUGAGGGUGGUGUAUACUGUAUAUUCACCUUUCUGGCAAUAGUGUACAAUUGUUGCAAACUCCACAUGCACAGCAUAGAAAAGUCUCAUCUUUUGGUGGAUAUCCAUAAUAUUGCCUUUUAAAGCUACUUAUAACUUUGCCAUAAAGUAUUCGCACAAUGCUUUUACAUUACCUCUGAAUUGACACAAAAAAAAGUUGUUUUUGUUUAUUUUUUACCUAGUGGUGGCAGGUGGCAAGGCAUGUGGCAAGGCAUGUGGCAUGUUAUUGCAUGCUACACUUUUGGGUAGGCAGACAAAUUAGCCCAGGAUAUUUUUGGUGUGAUACAAGGGAAACCUGUUUUGAAAUAAUUAAAUGAUGUUUUUCCUUUACUGUUUCAUGACCAGUCUGACCAGUCUGGUGUGGGAAACUGACAGCAUCCUUAGAGCAACAAUAGAAUAGUACAAAAUGAAACUUGAAAAAUGUAAAGAAUGGGAGAGGCAACCAGUAAGAUGUGCCAAGGGCUGGUCUUGUCCUCUACUAUUGGAUUGUCACCAAACAAGCUGUCAGUGUAGCAUCCUGUUUUAGAAAUAUAUGGGAAAUAUGGAAACAUUUUUAAUUUAUAUUUAUUUUUAUUUGCAGGCAAAAAAGACAAAGAAAAGAAUUGUACACAAACAUGGUUCUAGAUUUGUAGUCACUGGGAGUGUCCCAGCCUACAGAAAUGUUUAGACACAUAAAACUUUCACUUUGUCAUCCGAACCGUACAAUAAACAACAAUAAACAGUUUUGAAUCAAACCUU